CCUCUUUCAAGGCAAAUCGUCAUCUCGUUCAACUCAGAUUUCCCUGUCAAUUCUCUUUCGUAUCUAGGGCACCAAGCUACCCUUUUCCUCUCUCCCUCCCUUCCUCCCCCCCUCUUCAAGUCUUUCCCAUCCCAGGUCAACCUCCUACCCAGGAUCUACCUCAAGAUUACAGGCAGCCUCCAGCUCUCCUGAGUCCUUCACACACCACACAAACCCGGUCAGCUUCAUUGCGAUUUCUCCGUCCAACCCCCCUUCAAAUCUCGACCUUUUGUGUCCUCAGCCAUCAAGAUGUCUUCUGCCGUCGACAACACCACUACCGACAACCUGGCCUCUACCACUCCUGCCACCGAGGCCCCUAACGGCACUGCCCCCGCUGCCAGCUCAACUGAUGCUGCUGCUGCCAGUGCCGAUGAAGGACGUCGGUUGUACAUUGGGAACCUCGCAUAUGCGACCACUGAGGGGGAGCUCAAGGAGUUCUUCACGAACUACAAGAUUGAGAGCGUCUCCAUCCCUGUGAACCCUCGCACUAGCCGUCCCGUUGGCUAUGCUUUCGUGGACCUUGCCACCGCAAUUGAGGCUACUGCCGCUAUUGAAGAGCUUUCUGGAAAGGAGAUUCUCCAACGCAAGGUCUCUGUCCAGCUCGCCCGCAAGCCUGAGCCUGCCGAAGCCAAGGCCGAGGGGGCUACAAGUGGCGGUGAAGGCGCUAGCGGCAAUGAGGGCCGCAAGCGAGCAGGUGGACGUGCUCGUGGCCGCGGUCGUGGUCGCGGCCGUGUAGGUCGUGGUACACGCGGAGGCCGCUCGACCCAGGCUCAACCCACCCAAGCUGCUGAGCCUACUGCCGCUGCUGAAGAGACGACUGCUCUGACUGAGGUCACCAAUCAAAACGACGUCGUUCCUACCACCGAGGCCGGCAAGGCGGCUGGCAAGCCCCGUGCUCGUCCCCAGAAGCAGCGUGGCCCCCCCGAGGAUGGCAUUCCUUCCAAGACCAAGGUCAUGGUCGCCAACCUGCCAUACGAUCUGAGUGAGGAGAAGCUCAAGGAAAUCUUUACCGACUACCAGCCCGUUUCCGCCAAGAUUGCCCUGCGCCCUAUCCCUCGCUUCAUGAUUAAGAAGCUCCAGGCCCGCAACGAGCCCCGCAAGGGCCGUGGCUUUGGUUUCGUUACCCUUGGCUCCGAGCAGCUCCAGGAGAAGGCUGUGCAGGAAAUGAACGGAAAGGAGAUUGAAGGUCGUGAGAUUGCUGUCAAAGUGGCCAUUGACAGCCCCGGCAAGGAAGACGAUGCCCUUGUUGGUGAGGAGUCCAAGGAGGGUGUCGAGGCUCCUGCUCAAGAGAACACUGCUCCCACCACUGACUAAAUAAUGACAAUGUCAACCCCAUCCUGAACAAGUACAGUCCCGACAGGACGUAAGCUACAGAAAUUUUGCUUGACAAUGUCGCAAUCGGAAAACUGUCUUGAGGAUGGACUAUCUCCACGGUAGGCGUCGCCCGGAUGUGUUACUAUGAGAUAAAAAACAACCCCUCCCCCCCCCCCUUUAAAACAGAAAAAAAAACCGCCAAAAAAAUUUAUGAAUACUAUUCCUGUCCGGCCUGGUCCUAGGGGAUAAGAUAACGCGAGGAUGAAGCAUUCUUUUACUUUGUUUUAUAUACGGAUUGCCAGACGGAGUUCGUAUUUGAGAGGAAGGAAAAACGGUGUAAUGAGGGUGGAGUGAUGGACACGUUGACCUUUUAACGAAUCUUGCCUUUCUGCUAUACUGUAUCUUAGCUACUAUUUAGCUUACGAUUAGCCGCAAGGCUGGCCUUGUCGCCGAG